UCCGUGCGUUUCCGAAGUUUUUUAAUGUGACGAUAAUGCUUAACUUGAUCGAGAAAUUAUUUUACGCGUGACAAGACGUAGACAAUCGGUAGAAUCGUUAUCGUCACCGAGUGGAGAGGAUCGUAUUUCUAAGAUCGUAUUUCUAAAACUGCACGCGUUCGUAUACUGGAAACUCUGAAGGCUCUUCGAAGAUAUCCGUUAUGCGCAAAGAAAUCAGAAACUGUUUGAUUAAAACACGACUGCACAAUAUUUGCUGACAUCGGAAGAACGGGGGUUAUAGAUAAAUAAUUUUGAUUGAAAUCUCAUUAUAUCAAUCAUGCUGAAAGGAAUUGUCUUGCUGAUUCUCCAUGUCUUCUGCGACAUCGCAUUGGCGGGGCAAUGCGGAAAAGUGUGGGUCACGGUUUCUUCUUUAUGGAGACCAAUCGCUGCCAGCGACAAGGUGGUCGAUGCCGAAUUAGAAGUAAAUUGGGAAUUCGAUUGUCCGGCGGGCACAAGAUAUUCCGAUACCCAGAUCAAGGUGUUCACUGCUGACCCGUUAGCAGCACAUAAUAAAAUGAUCAAACCUGAACUGAUCUUGACUUCCUUACAACGUCCUCGGGGAUAUUAUAGGACAAAUAUUACAGUCGGUCGUCCGCCACUUCCAGGCGGUUGGGACACAAAGGACGGGGCAACCCUUCCAGGAUCACAUUGUCUCGAUUAUUAUGCAAUCCUUUACAAAGACGAUCACAUGUUUUCAAUGUCUUGUUUGCAAAUUUGGCCGACUUGGAUGUACGAUUUAAGGAGAGAAAUCGGAAUGCUUCCUAUUGGAAGCCUAAUGAUACCCGGGACACACAAUUCUGGCUGUUACAAGCAUGGUGAUCUGACGCGACGGGAUGCCUUUCAGCGGUACUUGCUGACACAGGAUCGUGACGUUUGGACGCAAUUGGUGCAUGGUAUAAGAUAUCUGGAUAUCAGAGUCGGAUAUUAUCCAUCGAUACCAAAUGGCACCGCACUUGACGAAGACGGGAAUCAUAUAAAUAGAUUCUGGGUCAACCACGACGUCAUUCGCAUCACACCUCUUGCAGAGAUCUUAAAGGAUGUGAGGGACUUUUUAGACGCAGCGAGAGGUGAAGUUGUUAUUAUGGACUUUCAUAGAUUUCCUGUGGGCUUCGAAGGUAGGCCAAACAGACAUCGAAAACUAUUAACUAUUUUACAUCGAGAAUUCGAAGGUUUAAUCCUGAAGCCAGAUAGAGGAAUCGAAGGUCUGGGACCGACAUUAAAUGACAUUUGGACCGGCGGGAAGAGAUUAAUUAUUUGUUAUGGUGACAAGCACACAGUAAACGAAUACGACUGGCUAUGGCCACCCUUAACGCAAGUAUGGGGCAAUCAGCAAACCGUGGAGGGUUUGUUUGAAUAUUUGGAUGAAGAAAUUUUAGGCUCAAAAAAACGUAGAAAUAGUCAGAAUCCAUUGUGGGCGGUAAUGGCGGAACUGACGCCAUUCCCAUUAGACAUUUUCUUUAAUUUAUCUGGCGGGCUUCGGCAGAUGGCUGAUUCUGUUAAUCGAAAUCUCACUGUCAAGUUCCAAGAAGAAUGGUGGAAGGAAACAAACAUCGUCGCCACAGAUUUUUUUCUCGGAAAUGAUUUGAUCUGGGUAUCGAGAAUGUCGAACAUAAAGAAGAGUAAUAUCGCGCAAUGGCGUUUGUAAUCCAUAUAUAGAAUUUCAUUGAUAAAUUUUUUAUUCCUCUCGUUUCGAAAAUAACAGAAAAAUAUUAUUACAGUGAAAAACAAUAGCUUCCAUCAAACUUUCAUAAAUCUUAAUAAAGAUGAAAUUGAUGCACAUACACAUACAUUGUGAUAUGAAUUGAUAUUUACGUAUGAGGUUAUUAUUCAGUUGUAUGAAUUUCACAAGAAAUGUAAGAUACUAACUCAUCCAUUUAUUAUACAAUAUUGUUGCAUUAAACUCUAAACUAACAAUUAAAUAAUAAUAAACAAUGUUAUGUAAACGAUAA